AAAAAAUCCGACUGAAUGGAAUAGGCCGUGAAAAAGCGAUCGAUAAUUCCUACAAAUCUUGGCACAUAUUUUAGCAGUUUUCUCUUGUUGAUAUUUUUCCAGUAGACAGUCAAUCUAUGGAACUUUUACUAACUUAUUGAAUAUCAUUAUAUAUUUUAGUUGGCUUAAUUGUAAAUAAGACAGUGUGCGUGUGUUAUAACCCUAAUUAUGGAGAAACCUCAUACGGAGGAGCAAAUUGGAGGCUUCGCCCCGCGACGCAGAAGUGGAAGGAGCAAAACGCAAAAUUUAUCAUUUGAGGAGUUAUCUUUGGAGGAUGCUAUGAAAAUUCAAUACCCACAACAGGAAAUACCAAGUAUGGCUAUGAAAACGCCAGUUUCUAUUCUACAAGAGUUAUUAAGUCGACGUGGUAUUACACCAAGUUACGAAUUAGUUCAAAUCGAAGGAGCAAUACAUGAACCAACAUUUCGUUAUCGUGUUUCUUUUAACGAUAAAGAUGUACCUUUUACCGCUAUGGGCGCUGGUCGUUCCAAGAAGGAAGCUAAGCAUGCCGCUGCUAAGGCAUUAAUUGAUAAAAUGACAGGUGUUGUGGUACCAGAUCAUUCAAGUGGAAAUAUGACACAAACCGUGAGCGCAAAUGGUGAUGGAGAAAGUACCCCAAUUGGAGGGAACAAUUAUGAUGAGGUUCUAGGCAAUCCAAUCGGCCUACUCCAGGAGAUGUGCAUGGCACGACGUUGGCCCCCACCGACGUAUGAAACGGAAAUGGAAGUAGGAUUGCCCCAUGAACGACAGUUCACUAUUGCAUGUACGAUAUUGAAGUAUCGUGAAACUGGAAAAGGAAAAAGUAAAAAAAUCGCUAAAAGGAUGGCAGCGCACAAGAUGUGGACGCGAUUGCAGGAAAAUCCCCUGGAUCCAAAUCAAAUUAAUCAAAUCGUAGAUGAAAAUGUCAAUGAAGAAAAUCGUGUUGUCUUGAAUCGAUAUGCGGAUCUUAAAGAGGCUCAUAUACAAGUCUUAACAGAUGCAUACAGUCAUAAAGUAGCGCAAUUCCAUAAGACGCUGAAAGCUUCAACCGGAGAGAAAUUAUCGAAAUUGCAGACAACAUGUCUCAAUAAUAAAGAUGUCAAUUUCGUUCAAUUCCUCGAAGAAAUUGCUGCUGAACAUCAUUUUGAAGUGACAUACGUUGAUAUUGAAGAGAAAACGUAUUCCGGUCGUUUCCAAUGUCUUGUCCAAUUAUCAACAUUACCAGUGGCUGUAUGCCAUGGAUCGGGGGCUACAUCAAAGGAAGCCCAAUCGAGUGCUGCACGAAAUGCUCUCGAGUAUUUAAAAAUAAUGACAAUAAAAUGAACGUAACAACUAAUGUGUAUUGAGAGGAAAGCAAAUGUAUGAUGCUGAUAAUAAUUGCAAUUUUUUCCUUGAAAAUGAACAAAAAAAAUAUUGAGAGAGAUACAGCAAAAAUACAGUAAACUCGUCAAUAUUUCUCGUACAUAAUUUAAAAUCACCAGAGUUUUAUUGGAUCUGUUAGGGCGUCUCCACGAUUUUCUUUAAGUUAUAUUCAUGAAAUGCAGUUGGACGUGUUGAAAUCUGUUUGAAAACAUCCCAAAAGUUACAGUAAUUGUUUUAUGAAAGAGAGAAAUUAUGAAAUUUUAGUGGAAUCCAGACUGCAUUCUCAGCCGAAUUAAACGUUAUUGAUUUGUUUUAAUGAGUCCCAAGAUUAGGUUUCUAAAUAUCAAACAUUUUCACAACGGAAUAUCUCGAAAUUUAGCUCUAGUAAUUUAGGAAGAAUUGUGAAAGUAAUUUCGAAACUCACGUAUUUCUACUGCGUCAAAUGCAUGUCUUGAAUAAACACUAAACUGCGAUUACUAAGUAGCAAUGAAUGCAAACAUAACUACAUACACAUGAAACUUGUAAUGCAAAGUAGAUCAGGCUAGCUCUACGUACGUACAAUGAAAAUUGUUUCCGAGUACAUAAAUUAAGUUUGGAUAAUGCAAAUCUCUGUAAACUCUGGAUAAUGUUGAAAAUCUAAUUAAAGACAACAUCAUACAUAGAUAAUUAAGGAGACGUUGGAAAAGCGAACCGGGCCACUGCUGACAUAGUUGUAGAAUAUUUGCGAGUAUGUUUGUUGGGAAUUCAUAUUGAAAGGAGAGAAUUAUGCAUACCGGCAAAUAUGAAGACGGCUUGCAACAUAUAAACCGAAGGUCCUUGCAGGCGUGCAGCAGCCAGGCAUUCUGUACAAGCUAUACUUUGCAUAGAAAUAAGGUCGUGUCCAUAUAUUAUUUUCGAUUAUUUUUCUUUUGAAUAUUUCAUAUGUAGACAUAUAGGUAUGUGUACACUUGAUAUGAUCACAUGCGCGAUGUGAUUGUAAUUUGCUUAAUUUUUGCUUUUGAUCCUUAACAAAUAUUCAAAGAGAAACGAUAGAGGAAGUAACAUUAUUUUAAUGCAAAGUACAGAGGUUGUAAUUAUUAUAAUUUUAUUCUUCUCGUUUUAGUUAAGAGAAAAAAAAAAAAGUUUUGUGAAAAUAAAAAAAUAUAUUACUAACAAGCAAUGCGGAUAUUUCCGCAAAUUUUAUUGGAUUGCAGUCAAAAGGCGAAUUUACCAAACCAUUUUCUAUUUAUAUUCUUAUACAAUUGUUAAAGAAACCUGAGUAGUAAUCACUUGAAGACGUGGUUUUAUCAAAUUGAUUAGAAUUAGUGAAUAAACAGAUAUUGCACAUAAAUCGGUUCUUACCUUCUUUUCUUUUGUAAAGAUCAUGUCGAAGCUGACUCACAACAGAAAAAAAUAGACUUAUGGAAACACAAACAAGUAAUCAAAUUACUUAAAAACCUCCCCUCAAGAUGAAAUAGAAAAACAAAAAGCUUGGAUUCAUACAUUACGAUUCGAGCAAGCACAUUACACAGUAAUUUAUUUGGAAUUUUUACAAACAUUUAGUGAUAAAACCAAUUCACUUAGUCCCAUUAAAACAAUUCAUCAAACUUAUCAGAUUGAGACUAAAAUGCAAUGAAAUAUUAUCUUGCGUUAAACAUUUAAUUCUGAAUUUUCGUCAACAAUACAUAAAUAUGCUUGGAUAUCAGUACAUGUCGCUAUAUAUGUUUGAUACUUUUUUUUUUCUGUACACGUCACGUAUCUCCAGUGUAAGAUCAUUCGACUAACAUACUAUGUUCACAUAAGUAAUCAUAAUCAUAAAUAUCAUUGUGGAAAAUUCAAAUAAAGUAAAAUGAUAAUGUGGAAAA